CUUUACACUGGGCGUGUGGGCGGAAUUCAAAAUGUUCACAAUGCGGCUCUAACGGGAAUUGUGUCUUCUCCUUUUCUAUAGAGUUUAAGGGUCGCGGAACGUAUUUCUCGUAUAGAAUACAAGGGAAAGGCAGCGAAGUAUCUCGGGAAACCAAACAAUCCACCAUUUCACACGAAGUCUAGCUUAAAAGCUAAUAGCUAACGCCUAAGGUUAGCUAUGGAGGAGAGGAAGGAGGAGAGAGAAGCGGAGAUCCAGGAGCACGGCCCCGAACACUGGUUCUCCAAGUGGGAACGGCAGUGCUUAGCAGAGGCCGAACAGCGUGAUCCAACCGAGGAGGAGACGGAACAAAGUCAGCAGCAACUGUGGCACCUCUUUCAGAACUCCGCUACCGCGGUAGCACAGCUCUACAAAGAUCGAGUAUGUCAGCAGCAGGGACUUUCUCUCUGGGUGCCCUUCCAGAAUGCUGCCACAGCUGUAACUAACCUGUACAAAGAGAGUAUGGAGGCUCACCAGCGGAGCCAUGACCUGGGCAUCCACUUGGGUUACCAGCGUAGGAAUAAGGAUGUGAUUGCAUGGGUUAAGAAACGCAGAAGAACUAUCAGGCGCGAGGACCUCAUCAGCUUCCUGUGUGGCAAAGUACCACCUCCACGGACAGCUCGUGCCCCACCCAGAGUUGCCAUGGUGUCCGCGAGCCGGCCAUCAGCCCCAGAGACCGGCAGCUCAGUGGAGACUGACCUGCAGCCUUUCAGGGAGGCCAUAGCGCUGCACGGCCUUAGUGGUGCCAUGGCAAGCAUUUCUGUGCGUUCUGGUCCUCCUGGUUCCCCGACUCACCCUGCCCAGUCCCUCAGUCGUCGCAGGAAUGGUCUUCACGACGUGGACCUCAACACCUUCAUCGCGGAGGAGAUGGCACUUCACUUGGAUUCCACAGCCAACCGUAAACGAGGCCCCGCCCCCUGUAGUGAUGUCAUCACAGACUCGCCUACUCAUAAACGUAACAGGAUGCUCUGAACUUUUCCUACGCCACUAAUCCCUCCUCUGUCCUCUCCUCGGUGGCCGACUGGACAGCUGAUGAGGACUGAUGCCUUGGCCAACCAUUGAAAUCUUCCUCCUUUUCAUCUUAGUUGCAAUGCUACAAAUAAAAGAACUUAACUAUUACCAACUUGACACAUUUCUCCCCCUUUAUUUUUCUUUCGUCCCCCUCUGUUGUCUCACUUAUCCGCUCCAGAGAAGUGUUCUGUUGUUUUUCCAGAGAAAUAUUCGUUCCUGUUUAGUUGCCCUCAGUAGAUCUGAUACCUAAGUGAGCACACGUGACACUCGAAAUCAUUAUAUUGCAGAAUGUUGCGUUUAGACUUUGUUUAUUUGGCUGGGCGCCUUCGUGCUUCACAUCCGCUAAUCAGACGAGUCGGGCUGUUGCUUACUGUUUGCAGUUCUCCUUCCCUCACUGUCGAGCGUACUUUCCCCCCUCCUCCUCUGUGGAGUGCUGGCCAAACCAGACUGGACUGAAACCUGCACUCUUCAGGAGUUUGAACCACCUCCCUGCCGUGUGGCUUGACUCAAAAAGCUUGUCAGCGUGUGUUUCUCAUUCUGCUGCUGCUUUGUGUGUUUGCGUUUCUGACAGCAGAACUGCCACUUACUGUGUUGUACUUGUCUUUGCCUUUGAGAAAGCUGCUACAGUAUCUCUGGUUUUUGUGCAACGGUGAGUGAGUGAAUGGGUGUGUGUGUGUGUGUGUGAAUGUGUGUGUUUGUGGAUGUGGAUGCAGGGUUCUGGCAAAUCCAGCACCCACUUGAACAAGUUAUUUCCUGUUUUACUUAAAUUCAUCCUAUGUUUUCCUUAGUUGCUCCUUGCAGCCUAAACCAGGGUUUUAUCACAAAGCAGGUCUGUCAGUGUCCACAGAUGUCACAUGUCGACACUGUGAGUAGCGGUGAGGUAAUAAAAGAUGGUAAAGGAAGUUGUAUUUUCGACAAAGAUUUUCUUUGCCUAAGUAACCUUACCCUGCAUUGUUAAUUUGCCGAAACACGUGUAACCCAUAGUAUUGUCGUGUUUACAAUUAAUCCAUUCGCACUGUUUCCCUCUCAGCAUCAUGACUGGCUGAGUACAGGUUCUUGCAUUCUUUGCUGAAAAAGCAGUCACAGUGUUUCAAAGCUUGCAUUUACCUAAUUAAUGUUUACAUUUGCCCCGUUGACAAAAACAUAAAGUGUUGCAUUGUCAUCUUUUCGUCUCUUGUACUGAAAGAGUCACAACACUUAUGAUUUCAGCUUUAAACCUUAAAUGACAAGGGGGGGGGGGUGUCUGAUGGAGAAGGGAGGCUGUGAUAUUUUAUUUUGUUUAGCCAACUCAAUGAUGGGCGUGAUGGUUCAGCGAGGCUGUGGGGCUCUUGUUUUGCAAAUUUCACACUGCUUUGUGAUACAAUCUUGUGUAGUGUGUGUAAAUAACAUGUAGGUGCUGUUAUAUGUGGUACAUAUUGUAAAAAGAAGUGCAAAUCCAUCGGGAUGUCCAUGUACAAUUCUGACAUUAAAGAAAAUACAAGCGUUUA